GGCGCACACCGGAAGUGGAGUGGACACGGCUCGUCUGUUAGCUCGCAGCAUGAGUGCAAUCAUGUUAUCCUUACCAGGAAGAGCGGACCUCCGCUCAUGGACAUGGCCUCUCCUCCUCCUGCUGCUGCUUUCAACGCCGCGGCCGGCGUCGGCCAAGCCCGACAGCCUGAAGGAAGUGACGGACGGGGACUGGGAGAAGAUAAUGACAGGCGAAUGGAUGAUUGAGUUCUACGCGCCCUGGUGUCCCGCGUGCCAGCAGCUGCAGCCGGUGUGGCAGGAGUUUGCAGACUGGGGGGAUGACAUGGGCGUCAACAUAGCCAAGGUGGAUGUGACAGAGCAACCCGGUCUGAGCGGGCGAUUCAUCAUAACCUCACUUCCUACUAUAUAUCACUGCAAGGACGGCGUCUUCCGCAAGUACCAGGGAGCUCGUACUAAAGAUGACUUCCUCAGCUUUGUGGAUGAGCAGAAAUGGAAGUCCAUGGAGCCCGUCUCUUCGUGGUUCGGCCCAUCUUCAUUUCUGAUGAACUCCAUGUCGGCCUUGUUCAAGCUCUCCAUGUUCAUCCGGCGCUGCCAUAACUACAUGACGGAGCAGCUGGGGAUUCCUGUUUGGGGCUCAUAUGUCAUCUUUGGUCUGGUCACCCUGUUUGCUGGCCUGACGCUGGGUCUGUUGCUGGUGUUCAUCGCCGAUUACGUCUUUCCCUCGCGGCGAUUUUCUUCACAUGAUUACUACCAGAGGAAACAGGCGAUGGAGCAGCAAAGGCUGAUCCAGAAUCAAGAUGAGGACCAGGAGGCCGACGGCGAAGAGGAUGACGACGACGACGAGGACGACGACCACGACGGGGUCUGGAGAAAUCGAAGAGGGUCUCCCGAGGGUCGGCCAGAACCUAGAGUCCAGGGUUACUCCGACGAAGCUCUCAGGAAGAGAGCGGUGGGCAGCCGCGAGGAGGACGACGAGGAGGACAGCUAGAGUCAGCGCUGAGGUUCCCGUGGCUCAGCUCUUAGUUUGAGGAAAGCACAGUGGAGUCAGCCCAGUUGGAGGAGCUGUGGUAUUGAGCGGCAGUAUUAAGAAGAAGGGGUCCAAAAUCUUCCUUCUGACACCCCCACCCAUCAAACACCCUACCUUAACACCCCCACCCCCCGCCCGCCCCCGUUUAAAACGGGAGCGCUUUAGACUUCUACCUCCGCUCCCUCCAUCUGAGCAGCAGGUCCCAACUGGAACAACAAAAAACUUCUGAUUCUGAGUCCGGCCUCGCUCGUGUUUUCACGAGUGAAAACGAGCCGCCACGCCUGAGGAGUAGGUAUGAAGUGCAGUACAGCUGAAUUUUGAAAUGCUGUUUACGCUAUGCAUUUUUUUUUCAAAAAUGUUUUUUUUUCUUCUUCUUUGAAUUAUAACAAGCUUUGUUCUGUGAAUUUUACAGGUGAAUUCAAGUAGGUCAUUUUAUUCUGCACAUAAAAUUCAGUGUUUGGUUAAUAGGUUAGUUUUAAUCCUUAUAAUUUCAACUCUUUAUUUCCUACAUUUACAUCUAGAAAUAUAUUGAAAUUGAAUACGGGGAAACAAUUGUAAGGUUGAUUUACCUGAUAAAUUAGGUUAAAAUAAACCUUAAUGUGGAGCAUUUCAGCGCGAUCUGGACCUUAAUGUGCGCCAAACUUUUUUUUUUUUUUUUUUUUUUUUUAAAUAAGUGAUUUAAUAUGAAUGCAUCAUUGACCAAAGAUAUUCAAAUCGACUGUUCCUUUAAGCGAGAACAGCCUCCAAACAUAAUAAAUGAUCUGUUCGUGCAGCUUUCUUCCAAGUUUGUAAUGUAAUGCAUUACUGAUUGUUUGCUGUCGUUCAGUAAAAACAGAAUAGAGAGAAAUAUACACAAAAACAGCACUUGUGUAGUUCAGACAGAACCACAUGCAGUAAAAAUUAUUGAGCGCAAAUUAAGGAUUACAACUUCAACAAGCAAGUUAUGGGGCAGGAACUCAUUUGAUUUACGAUGCUCAGUCAUCACACCAGUUUGGCUGAGGAGCAAUGUAUAAAAUUAAUUAAAAACGGGGUGUGCUUUUAGGACGAAUUAAAAAGUCCCAAAAGCACAUCCUGCUCAUGAAAACAAGUAUUCACUCCAAAUGUGUGGAAAUAUGUUUGCUAUCAUUUUCAGUUUUGAUUUGUACUGCUGGUUUUGCUCUUAGAAAUGAAUGUUUACUUUGGGAGCCUCCUGAAUGUGCGGUCGACCUGUCGGUACGGCAGCUUCACACUUUAUGCAUGCGGAAAUGCAAUAAAAAAAGAACAAGGGAGGGGGGUUGGGGGGGGCUUUGGUUCUUGUUGUACAUUGGUUUUGGUUUGCACUCCUCUCCUCACAAUGAAUCACAAUUAAGAGACUGCCUAGUUCUAGCUUUUGGUUUACCCUUCUCAAAAAAGUCCAAGCAUCUGACUUAAAGCUAUGAAUUUCAUCUGUUUCCACAGCCAGGAGCGUUUGAGCUGCAUUUUCAUGCACAUUUCAUUGUUUUUAAAGGGCCUGUAACGAUUUCAUGGACUAUUGAUUUACUUCCGUUUUUUUUUUUUUUUUU